UGCCUUUUCUUUUCUCUCCUCUAAUUAAUCACUCUAUCCAAUCCCAUGUAGCUCUACCAUCUAGAUGCACCUUAGAAGAAAUCUUAUAGCAUUUUGAAUUCAAAUAAUAAUCCUUAUAGAGAGAAGGGAGCUGGUUUUUGUUUUCUCUGAGUCUGACUCUGGUGCUUGAUGGCUCCCAAGGCUGGGAAAGCGAAGCCUCACAAGGCCAAGGGUGACAAGAAGAAAAAAGAAGAAAAAGUGCUGCCGACCGUUAUCGACGUAAUCGUUGAGACCCCGGACUUCGCCCAGCUGACGCUCAAGGGGAUAUCGACAGAUAGCAUUUUGGACAUUCAUAAGCUUCUGGCCGUACACGUGGAUACGUGCCACCUCACCAACUUUUCCCUCUCCCACGAGGUGCGUGGAGCCAGGUUGAAAGACACGGUGGACAUCGUCUCCCUCAAGCCCUGCCGUCUCAGCAUCGUCGAAGAGGACUACACGGAGGAGCUCGCCCUCGCCCACGUCCGCCGCCUGCUCGACAUCGUCGCCUGCACCACCGCCUUCGGCGCGCCUGCGGCGAAGAAUGCUGGAUCGACGGCGGCGCCGACUGGAGGCGUUGGGAAGGGUGACUCGCGAUCUAGUGCUCCGCCGCAGCCCAGCAGCCCGCCGAAGGCGUCCGAGGCCUCCACCGAGUCCGAGACAGCCGAGUCCCCUCCGAAGUCGAAGACUGAGAAGCCAAGUUCCCCCUCCACCACCAGUACUGCCACCACCAGUCCCGGUGGGAAUCACAAGGAUGAGCUUAUGUACCCUCCGCCCAAGCUCGGCCAAUUCUACGACUUCUUCUCCUUCUCCCACCUCACGCCGCCGCUCCAAUAUAUCAGGAGGUCAUCGCGACCGUUCUUGGACGACAAAAGGGAAGAUGACUUCUUUCAGAUUGAUGUAAGGAUUUGCAAUGGGAAGCCGGUGACGAUAGUGGCAUCGCAGAAAGGGUUCUACCCGGCUGGGAAAAGGGCUCUCCUCAGCCAUUCAUUGGUGGGUCUGUUGCAGCAAAUUAGCCGCCCCUUUGAUGGGGCGUACAAGUCCCUCAUGAAAGCUUUUAUUGAGCACAAUAAGUUUGGGAAUCUCCCUUAUGGAUUCCGAGCAAACACAUGGGUGGUUCCUCCCAUCGUUGCAGAUUCUCCAUCAAUUUUUCCCCUUCUUCCAACAGAGGAUGAAACUUGGGGUGGAAAUGGUGGAGGUCAGGGAAGAGAUGGAAAGCAUGAUCAAAGGCAAUGGGCAAAGGAAUUUUCAAUGCUAGCUGCCAUGCCCUGCAAGACAGCUGAAGAGAGACAAAUUCGAGACAGGAAGGCCUUUCUUCUUCACAGCCUAUUUGUUGAUGUGGCUGUCCUCAAAGCUGUUGGAGCUAUUCAGCAACUUGUUGUCAGCCAUGAGCAUUUGAACACAAUGCCAAAUGGUCCUGCUGAUGCAAUUUUGCACCGGGAACAAAUUGGGGAUUUAAAAAUUACGGUUAUGAGAGAUAAAGCUGAUGCAAGUGCUAAGUUGGAUGCUAAAUUGGAUGGGAGUCAGACUCCAGGAAUGUCUUCUAAGGAGCUUGCUCAAAGAAAUUUACUAAAGGGAAUCAUUGCUGAUGAGAGUGCAACAGUUAAUGAUACUGCUACUCUUGGUGUAGUUGUUGUUAGACAUUGUGGAUAUACUGCCACUGUCCAGGUUCCAGUUGAGGCUGGCUUGGCUGGAAAUACUGUAACACAGUCAGACAUUGAUAUUGAAGAUCAGCCUGAGGGAGGUAGCAAUUCUUUAAAUGUCAAUAGCUUGAGAAUGCUAUUGCACAAGUCAUCUGCUCAAUCAUGUGGUGGAGCCCAACACUUGCAAUGUAUGGAAAUUGAAGAUUUACAAUCUGCUGGGUCCUUCGUACGAAAAGUACUAGCAGAUAGUCUGAUGAAGUUGCAAGGAGAGGAAACAAAGCAGAGAAAGUCGAUCAGAUGGGAGCUUGGAGCAUGUUGGGUGCAACACUUACAGAACCAGGCUUCUGGGAAAGUUGAGUCUAAGAAAAGUGAGGACUCCAAAGUUGAGCCAACCGUAAAGGGUCUCGGGAAACAAUUUGGUCAGCUAAAAGAGAUUAAGAAGAAAAUAGAUGAUAAGGCUUGCAAGAUCGAUCUUGCAAAGGAAAACUCUGCGUAUAGUGGCGUCAAUGCAAACAAGACACAUGUGGCAGACAGUGCUAAUUCAAAGGAGAAAAGAGAAGUUAUGCUGCAGAACUUGCUUCCUGAAGCAGCAUUCUUACGCCUGAAAGAAUCUGAUACUGGUCUUCAUCUUAAGUCCCCCAAUGAGUUGAUUGAGAUGGCACAUAAGUAUUAUGAGGAUACUGCAUUACCAAAGUUGGUAGCAGAUUUUGGUUCACUUGAACUUUCUCCUGUUGAUGGGAGGACAUUGACAGAUUUUAUGCAUACCAGGGGUCUGCAGAUGUGUUCAUUAGGACGUGUGGUUGAACUUGCCGACAAACUUCCUCAUGUACAGUCCCUUUGUAUACAUGAGAUGGUAGUUCGAGCAUUUAAGCAUAUACUGCAGGCAGUUAUUGCAGCAGUUGAUGAUAUAACUGGCAUGGCUGGAGCAGUGGCCUCAUGUCUGAACAUUUUGCUGGGAUCCUUGCGGGCAGAAAAUGUAGAUACAAACAUAGCUACUGAUGAUAAUCUGAAGCAAAAGUGGUUGGAAAUCUUUUUACUGAAGAGAUUUGGAUGGAAAUGGAAAGAUGAAAGUUGCCAUGAUUUGAGGAAGUAUGCUGUUCUACGGGGGCUUUGCCACAAGGUGGGACUUGAGCUAAUUCCUAGAGACUAUGAUAUGGAUAGCCCAUAUCCUUUCAGGAGGUCAGAUAUCAUCAGCUUGGUUCCUGUAUACAAACAUGUCGCAUGUUCAUCUGCAGAUGGACGCACUCUGUUGGAAUCAUCAAAGACAUCCUUGGACAAAGGCAAACUAGAGGAUGCUGUUAACUAUGGUACCAAGGCGCUUUCAAAACUUGUGGCAGUCUGUGGUCCUUACCACCGAAUGACAGCAGGAGCAUAUAGCCUUUUGGCUGUGGUGCUCUAUCAUACUGGUGAUUUUAACCAGGCAACCAUCUAUCAGCAAAAAGCUUUGGAUAUCAAUGAGAGGGAACUUGGUCUAGAUCAUCCAGAUACAAUGAAAAGCUAUGGAGAUCUAGCUGUUUUCUACUAUCGCCUUCAACAUACAGAAUUGGCACUGAAGUAUGUUAAUCGUGCAUUAUAUCUUUUGCACCUGACGUGUGGUCCUUCACAUCCCAACACUGCUGCAACAUACAUCAAUGUUGCAAUGAUGGAAGAAGGCCUGGGAAAUGUUCAUGUUGCACUCAGGUACCUUCAUGAGGCUCUUAAAUGCAAUCAAAGACUGCUUGGAGCAGAUCACAUUCAGACUGCAGCCAGUUAUCAUGCUAUUGCCAUUGCUUUAUCUUUGAUGGAAGCCUAUUCUCUAAGUGUCCAACAUGAGCAAACCACUCUGCGCAUACUUCAAGCUAAACUUGGGUCAGAAGAUCUACGUACACAGGAUGCUGCUGCAUGGCUUGAGUACUUUGAAUCAAAAGCACUUGAGCAGCAGGAAGCUGCACGCAAUGGUACUCCAAAGCCAGAUGCUUCCAUCGCUAGCAAAGGUCAUUUGAGUGUAUCAGAUCUUUUGGAUUAUAUCAAUCCAGAUGCAGAGCUUAAAGCAAGGGAAAUUCAAAAGAAGCAAGCUCGUGCAAAGAUCAAAGGCAGAGUUAGCCAAAAUCAAUUGGAAGUGGUUGAAGGUGAUGAUCAUAAGGUUGAAACAUCCAAUCAAGAUCAUCCUUGGAAGAAGAACUCUAAUGAUAAAGAGAAUAGCAGCAAUAUUCAGCCAGUGGAAUCUAAAGAUGAGAAGCCCAACAUCACCGUAAUUCAUGUGUAUGGGUUGAACCCACAGGAUGAUGUAACACAAGCGAGCACAUCUGAUGAAGGAUGGCAAGAGGCCAGCACCAAGGGAAGAUCCCUGGCAGGUCGUAAGUCUGGUUCAGGGAGACCUAGUCUGGCAAAGAUUAGUACAAAUGCAUUAAAUAAUGCAGAUAAUGGACGAUACAGAGGAAGGCCAGCCGCUACCUUCUCUUCCCCAAGAUCUUCACCUAAUGAGGGUGUUUUUCCUGCUGCUUCUAGCCCUGUUUCAAAGAAGCUUGCGAAGAGUUCUAGCUUCAGCCCCAAAAUAGGUACCCCUGCUGUCUCAGCAAACAGCACAGAAAAGUCUAGUAAUGCCAAGUCAGCACCGGCCAGCCCUGCUGCUACAACAGCUGCAAAGGCAGUUUCAUUAACAAUUCCAAUCAGUAGUCAAUCAACGAGAAAAAGUUUGUCAUACAAAGAUGUAGCAUUGGCUCCUCCUGGUACUAUUGUGAAGGUUGUAGAAGAUCAAAUGCUGGAGGACAAAGAUCCACAUGAACAGAACGAGGAGGCCUCCAAGGAUGUAAGUGCUAUGGAACCAACUCCAGGAGAGCAGAUGGCAGAAGAUCUUAAAGAGGGGAGGAAGGAUCAAGAGACCAUGGAAGAGAAGGACCCCAUGUCUUCCUGCAAGGAAAUCAAGGGACAUGCCAUGGAGGAAAAGGACAAGGAAACAGUCGAUAUUACAGCUUCAGAAGCAACCCCAGAAACUGAAGGUGUAGUUGUAGGGGUAACGAAAGCUGAAGAUAAAGAUACUGCAGAUUCUAAGUCUGAGAAUGUGGAAAAUUUGGAAGAGUCUAACAAAAUCUCAUCAAAACCGGGAGUGAAUUCAGAUCCAAAAGGCAGCACAAGAGAGGACCGCAAGGUAGCUCCUGUCUUGGGAAGAUCAGAAGCAUCAGAAACUGGAGGUUCUGCAGAUAAGGAAUGUGAAGCAGUUUCAUUGGCUUCAGAAGAGUCACCUGCCAUGCCAGAAAGGAAUGCCUCGACUUCUGUUGUUGAGGUGAAUAAUGUAGGUUAUGAGAUACCAGAACAGGUGUCCAGUGAAGGUGAGAAGGAGACGUCUUUACCGAUUGAAGACAAAGGACAUGAAGAAGCUGUUCAAACUGCCAAGGAGCCUAUUAGCAAACUUUCUGCUGCUGCACCUCCAUUCAAUCCAUCGACCAUACCAGUCUUUGGCUCAGUUGCAAUGCUGGGAUUCAAAGAACAUGGAGGAAUCUUGCCUCCUCCAGUAAAUAUGCCCCCAAUGCUGACACUUCCAAUCCGUAAGCAUCCUCAUCAGUCUGCUACUGCAAGGGUCCCUUACGGUCCACGGCUGGGUGGUGGCUACAACCGAUCAGGUCAUCGGGCUCCUCGCAACAAGUCUGCCUUGCAGAAUGGUGAGAUUGUUGCUGUUGAUGGGAAUUGCUUCGGUCCUAGAAUAAUGAACCCAAAUGCUGCUGAAUUCGUACCCAGCCAACCCUGGAUUUCUAACGGCUAUCCAGCAUCACCCAGUGGGCUUUCAGCGUCACCAACUGAUAUACCACCAUCCCCAAAUAGUUUUCCACCAUCACCAAGUAGUCUAGGGACAACACCUACUUCAGUUUCCUCUGAAAUCUCUGAAAGUUCGGAAGCUUCUGCUGAAGACAAUGGUGAUGUCGCCAUGGUUAUCGUGGAAGCCAAGGAUGAUAACCAAAAUGUGGAUGUUGAACAGUCUGUUGAGGGAAAAGAUACCAAGCUUGAUGCUGAGCAGGACAUCACUUCUCCAGGAACUAAUUCUGAAAAUCUUGUGGUGGCAAAAGAAUCUCCAGAGGCAGGAAGAGGUAUUGAUAAGCCAAAGUGCUGGGCUGAUUAUAGUGAUAGUGAAGCUGAGAUUGUUGAGGUUGUGACUUAAGAGAAAAAGGGAAUGUGAACCUCACUCGAAAGAUAAUUAGUUCAUGAGGGAUGAUAGAAAGCUGAGGACCAGAAAAAGCUUAUUUGAAAUAGAAAAUUGACCAACCCUUUCCUCCAUCUCUAGGACUGAGGACACAAAUGCUGAUGGUACCACUAGUUUUGGAGCAAGAGCAACCAGGGAAGCUGAUCUUAUUGCAUUUGUUGCAUGUUAUGAUGGAAGCUAUGAAGAUGAGCUGAAGCAGCUAGCACGUAGUUGAUUUAGGUUUUCCUCCUUUUCCAUUUUCCUUCGAUUUUUUUCUCUCUCUCUCUCUUAGUGGUUUUGAACAUUGUCGACUUUGAAACUUUGAGUUUGUUUGGUCAGUUAACCAUUCUAUGCAGUACAAAUUGUAAAAGAUGCUGAUUUCCCUCUCCAAAGACAGGCAUAGUCAAAUUAAUGAUUAAUAUUAGAUUAUCGCUAGUUGGUUUA